AUGCGGGAAAAUAUGAACGCAUUAAGUGCAGUGGUAACUGCAUCUCAAACUGCACCCAAUGGCCCUAGGGACUUUGCUUCUAUCGGACGCAAUCCGACACAAGCCACUUUGAAUAGUCGACCAAAUUUUACCACCAACAUUGUUAAGCCACAGGAUUGGAAGGUAUCCUAUGACGGCACUGGUAGCGUUGUGGACUUUCUUUUCAAACUAAAUACGUUGUGUGAGCGCACGCAAUGUACAGAUGAGCAGUUGAUGCUCACACCCGAUCAGAAGAUAGCAUUGCAAGAAGUUGUUCAGGAGUUUCCCUCGUUCGAAAAGCUAGGACUAGGUCAAACCAGUUUAGUAACGCACCAUAUAGACACGGGUGAUGCGGUGCCAAUUAAAAAUUUGGCUGGUCCAAUGACAGAUUACCUUCGAAAGUCACCUGGUCCAUUUAAGCUAACUCCUGAGGCAGUAGAAGCAUUUAGUAAACUUAAAGUUGCACUCUGUUCAGCACCUGCCCUGGCACAACCAGAUUUUUCUAAAGAAUUCGUGAUACAAUGUGAUGCAUCCAAAAUAGGAGUAGGAGGCGUGUUAUUCCAGCUCGAAGAGGAAGGGGCAGAGCAUCCAAUAGCUUUUGUGUCAAAGAAGCUGAAGACUGCUCAGCGGAAUUAUACGGUCACCGAGCUGGAAUGGCUCGCCGCAAUAGUUAGUGUCAAGCGUUUCAGACCAUAUAUUGAAGGAUUGCCUUUUCGAAUAAUUACUGACCAUUCAAGUCUCAAGUGGCUAAUGACACAAAAAGACUUGAGCGGCAGGCUGGCAAGAUGGUCGCUUCUAUUGCAAAGAUACAACUUUAGGAUGGAGCAUCGCAAAGGAUCAUUGAAUGUUGUGCCGGACACCCUUUCGCGUUUUGACGUGGACGAACUCUCUUCUACCCCACCUCUAGAAAUUGACUUGGCAUCACCGGAAUUCGACGGCGUAGAGUACUCGGAGCUUCGUGAAACAAUUGAAAACAAUCACGAAAGGCUACCCGAUUUACGCAUAGUCGAAAAUAGAGUUUACAAAAGACAUUUUAACCACUUUUUUACAUAUAUAAAUUGUAAAUCUGUAAAUCGUUCCACUAAUGUAUUAUCAAUCGAUACCCUGCAGCAAGUAAAUGUCGUAAAGAUCAACAGCGCUGGUACGGUUAUCUCGACACACACGGCUAGCGCACAGACACAUGGAAAUUCUGUGCCGACAAUCAUUCAAAGCACCAACAAUCAACACAUAACAACCACCGCAACACUCCCGGCAUCGACUAAGAUCGAAAUUUGUACUGCACCCGUACAAACAACCAACCAGGCACAGCAAGCAAAUGUCGCGGCCGCGCAGAAUAUUGCAAACGCGCAGGUUUGCAUCGAACCGCUGACUUUGGGCGAUGUUGAUUAUUCCACGCAAACAGUGCUUUCUACAAUACAAAAUGCUGACGGCACAGUGUCUCUCAUUCAAGUGGAUCCAAAUAAUCCAAUAAUAACUCUACCCGAUGGUACAACGGCACAAGUGCAAGGAGUGGCUACGCUGCAUCAAGGUGAAGGCGGUGCUACUAUACAGACUGUACAGAGUUUGGGCGAUGUCAACGGUCAUGAAAAUAUGACUGUCGAUUUGACAGAGGCGACAGUGGCUCAGGAUGGUCAGAUAUAUAUUACUGCUGAGGAUGGUCAAGGUUACCCUGUGUCUGUGAGCAACAUGAUAACCGUGCCAGUUUCCGCCUCAAUGUAUCAAUCCAUGAUGGCCAACAUACAACAAAUUCAUACGAAUGGUGAUGGCACAGUGUGCAUCACACCAAUGCAGGUAGAUUCUCAUGCCAAUAGUAGCAAUAGUAGAAGCAACAAUAACAAAAUGAAUAAUACCAACAAUAGUAGAAAUCACUAUCAAUGUUAUACUUUAACAGCAGCGCCUGGUGGGCUGGGUGCGCGCUUAAUUGCAACAGCUCCAACUUCAGCCUUGCCAUCGACUGUAAAUCAAAGCCAAACAAAUAUAGCCAAUAAUAAUGCAACAAAUUGCCAAAUAUUUAAUCAGUCUAAUUUAAGUAAUACCCCUUCUAGUCAAAGCAGCCGCGCCGACCACAACCAGCACCAUCAUCAACGUCAGCAGCAAUUGCAGGCCAUUCCGGCUGCUGCGAAAAUUUUCAUCAACGCCGCUAGCUUUGCCACUGUUAACAAUAAUAACUCCAUUAGCACUAACAAUAAUAAUAAAUUCGGAAAUAUAGCCACUGCAGCUGCCGUGUUGCCACUAUCAUUACCAAUUAUGGUAGCCACAGCCGGCCUUCCUGCAACAGUCAGUAAUGCAAGUGUUGGCGACACUAAUCGGUCCGGGCCAGCUUUGACCGGAGGCGAUGCUGAUACGAGUUCCUCUAAAACCACGACCACUUCUACUAUUCGGAAAAGGGGGGCAAACAAGCGCCGCAAACAAACUUUCGCCAAAGUUUCGCCCGUUAAACUUGAAAGUAGUGGCGAUUCCAGUGGCGAAACGCUACUACCGUCCAAUUUACAAUUUUUAGAUGAGGAAGCAGAUGGACAAGAAAUUAGUGUGCAGGAAAUCGCAACGGAUGCUGGAGAUGGUGCUGGCGAUGGUAGAGGCUCUGAGGCAAAUAGAGGCACAUUGAGCGUCUCUAAAAAAAUUAUAAAAAUAGAAAAUUUAGAGAACUAAUAAAAAAGUAAAAAAUGCAACUGGUGAUUGUAUAAAAUGCACCCUAUUUUAAAACGGUGUUGUUGAAGUGCUUGCAUUUCAAAAAAAAAAAAAAGUUUAUAUAUGUAUACAUAUAUGUAUAUUAAUAAAAACACGCAUACAAUUUGUAUCUAGUCAACAUACAUAAUUACCAAACUGCAAACACUAAGUAGGCGCACAUAAAACUAGGUUUAGUGUUGAUAAAUGUAAAAUGGUUAACAAUUUCUAAAUUAACCGCGAAGUACCUUUUGAAAUUUCAAAAUAGUGAUCGAAGUCCCAUGAGUCCGAAAUGAAUUAUGAACAUUUUGAAUUCGGAUUCGAUUUGCUUCAAAUUGUAGCAUUUGGGAACAUACUUGCCAUUGUUGUUUAAUUUUGUUUGUUACAUUUUUUGUUUGUUACUACGUAGUUCAAUUUAAUUUACAUUUAUGAUUUGAAUGUAAUUAUACACUUCGCAUUGCAUAAAAUUGUUGCAAAUCUUCUUUUUUAUUGUAUUUUUUCAUAUGUAUAUUAAAGUAUACAUACAUCUACACAUACAUAUAAGCACAUACAUAUGUAUAUAUAUGCUUUUAUUGAUUAAAUUCGUAGAUUUUAAGUUGCUUACACUUACCAUUUAACGUUUAAUUUUUAAUUAGUAACCAAAGCUUAUGUAACGAACCCACAUUUAAAUGAAAAUUAGAAAUGUUCCUAGCGUAUAUGUAUAAUAACAUAAAAAAAAACGAAUUGAUCGUUAAUGAACCCACUUGCUAAUGUGAAACAAAACCAAAAAUUAAUUUAGAUGAUUAGUCAUUGUAUUCUAUAUAUGUAUGCAUGUAUGAAUAUAUA